GACCAUUUUUACGUCUUUAAUCUUCGUGGUUAAAUGACUACAUUACAGUGGUUAAGACGUAUUCUCGGGGAACCGUGUGUGUUUUUUGGGAUACUGAGGAAGAACAUGGGAGAGAUGUGUAUUUUCUCACGAGGCUGUCGACGUCCUCAUUACGCACUGCGAUUUAAAUAGUGCAUCAUCCUGUGUAGCGUGUGACAUUUACGAGAAUCGAGAUCACGACUUGCACCGCACCGGCCAGCACCUGAUCCAGCACUCUUGAGAGUUCACCUGGCUCCGAGUCGGACACGGGAAUGCUUCAGCAGAACAACAACAACAACUACCCAUGCCUGGACCGCGCAGUCCUCCAGGACAGGGGCAAGAGCGGCGUGCCGUUUGCCGGCCCGCUGGACUUUGGCGACAUGUCGCUCAUCAAGACCCUGCGGGCGUGGGCCCGAAGCGGCUUGAGUGCCAAGGCGAGGGGUGGCACUGCCCCUUUGCAUCAUCACCUCGCCAAAUCGUGCCAACCAAGCAGCGGGUCAGAUCAAGGGGCUCCAGGGGCUGCCCUCAGCAUCAGGCCCGCCGCGAGCGGCUCCGUGAGAGGGGCCGUUGGGGGAGGCGGGCAAGCGGGCCUGGGCGCGCUGGUUACCGUGGCGACGCUGAAGGCCUCUGAGGGUGGGCGCCAGACGCAGACGCGUUGCCUCCUCCUGAAGGCCGAGGGCCGGAACUACGUGUGUGCCGUCAGUGGUGCCAACCGGGGCGGCCCGACACCCCCGUCCCGCGCCACCCUGGUGGGCAGCUGGUUGCGAGAGACCGUGGUCGGGUCCAGAGACGCCACGGGAGCGAAGAGCGCGGCUCAGAGCGGGCAGUGCGACGGAGAGGUGUUUCGCGUGAAGCCCAGGCCGGCGAAGAAGUGGCGGAAGCUGAGCAACUCGCCCGCCGCGAUCGCCACGAACGCCGACACGGCUCAGAGCGAGAAGGACUGUGAUGGCAGCCCUCACGAGCUGGAGGAGACCCAGCCGCAGCAGCAGCAGCAGCAGCAGCAUGGGGCCAAGAGAAACUGUGUGAGCGCCCGGCUCAACAUUCACGGGAGGAAAGCCAGAGGGUCGGCUCAAAGGGGGAGCGGGCGGACGAGCGACAGGAGAGGGGCGGCGAGGACGGCGUCCAAGCAGGACGGUUCGCACGACGCCGUCGCGCAGGCGAAGGAGAACGUGGACAUCAUUAACGUCCCCCGUGCCGAGCACUGCUCCCGAACGGUAAGAGCCGACCUGAAGAAGACCUGGACGGACUGCACCACGGCUGGAUCUGAGUCUAAAGGGGAGGCCAACAGAGUUGUCACUGAGCCCCGUUGCCAAAUCAGCCAUCUGAAUGAAUCCCCAGACAAAGAGGAGAAAGAGAUCUCUCUUCACAUCAACAGCUUAGGAGAAGCAGAGGAAGAGGCUACCGUGUCCCUGGACAGAACUGGCAACACAGCGUGUAGCGUGACGGAGACACGUGAGAUGACAAAACAGAGAGUGGAAGAACCUACGGAGGAGUCUCUGCCCAGUAGAUGGGUCAGCAACCUCAGUCCUGGAAGACGCUGCUGCACUGAGUUGGGCCUGGAGAAACAACACUGCUGUUGUAAGGAUGAAGACACGGGUUUUACAAACAGCAAAGACCUGCCCCAACCGGAGCCCUCCGAUAAAACAGACCAAGAGGAAUUAGAGGCUCUCAAUAGGCUGGCGUUGUUAGAUAUAAACCCCCCUUAUGGAUGUGUGUGUGUGGAAAGGGACUCUAGAGGAGGAGACAAAGUAGAUGGCAGAGUUGAGAAUGGCCCUAAAUCAAAUCUUCUCAGCGAGUCUCCGCAGACGGAGACGGAGACGGAGACGGAGAGGGAGCAGGCACCGCAGGGGCUGGGAGAAGGAGGAGGAGGAGGAGGAGGAGGUGGCGGCGGGGAACAGCAGGACUUGGGGAUUAGAUCAGCCGAUAACAAUCCCCCUUGGACAGCUCCCACGGCGAGCAACACAGCCAGGACCGGCGCCGAUCCCGCUGUGAGAGCCCCCUCCACCGCCGAAAUCACCACCACCACCACUGCUGCUACCGCUACCGCUACCGCCGCCACCAUCACACAUGCUCCCCCUAAUCCUGCCCCCCCGGGAGCCAUGGCAACAGGCCUCCCAGGCCCGAGGAGGGAGAAGGCGGAGGCCGAAGGUGGGGCGAGCGAGGCCAGAGAGGCCGAGGUCAGCGCAGCGGCUGAGCCGCAGAGUGAGGGGCAGCCGAGGGAGCCAAGCGCGCCGGAGACCCACGCAACCACCACAGUGGACACAGACGGCCAGAGCCUCGGAGGAGGAGGAGGAGGAGGAGGAGGAGGAAGAGGGGGAGAGUGGGAGGGUGAAGAGGAGGAGGAGGAUGAGUUCGGAGGGUUCAUGCAGGCAGGCGAGGCCCCGGUCUGGGAGGACGGCUUCGCUGAGUUCCACCAAGUGCCUUGUGGGAAAGUGGAGGUUUCUGACAAAGGUAACGUGUCAUCCUGGCAAUCUGAUUGGACAGCAAGCUCAUUCCACCAAUCAGACGUCUCUUGGGCCGCCUUCAGCCAAGACCAAGAUAGCCAGGGCGGCGUUGACGAGAUAGCAUCUGGACAAUGGUGGCCGCAGACAGUCAUGGAGGACGAGGGAGAUGAUCUUAAUGCACCAAGGGUGUUUCUAGAGGCCUUCCCACCUGUGCCGAGCACGACCUUUGACCUCAAUGGAAUUCCAACACUGAAACAGCUCCUGCAGGGGGCUGCGGAACAGAACAGAGCCUCUGAGGAUUAUGGGGAGACAAGCCUGCUGGAAGGCUUCCAGGACUUGAACAAGAUGUUUGGCCUGAAGCACAAACGGACUGAAUCUCCUUCCUGGAAGCGCCUGCUGACAUCUCUGCAGGUGGAUUCCCGUCGUUCAACCCAUCUGAAGGACCUGCCUCAAGGUCAUGACCUCAGCACUGGGCAUCCUGUGGUCAGCCUCCAAGUCCCACUGACCAGCAAGAGGAGGCUCUCAUACGACCUGAACAGGAACCUUCUGCCGUGAAUUCCCACAACGCACCUCUGCCUGACGCCCUCUCUCCGUCUUUCUCUCUCUCUCUCCAUCUCUCUUUCUCUCUCUCCCUCUCUCUAUUGCGGCGAGAUCUCCUCAACCAAAACAACUUAUGAUGCAAGACAGACAAAAAACAAAAAAUGUUGAGAGGUUCCAUUUGUUUUGUUUGGUUGGUUUUACUGGGCUCAUAACUAUUUUAAUUUGGGGUUCUUGAUCCUUUUUGUUCCAUAGUCCUUAUAGUCAUCUCUCACUAAUAAUGUCCAAUCCUACAGUGUGACUGUACUGUA